AUGUCUGCUCCAGAAGAUGAUUUCGCUAGUAACAUUGAUGAACAAUUACUCAACAGUGUUGAUUCACACCAUGACUCAAGAAUUAAGUUAGAGGAUAUUGCUCAAGCUGCUAAUGUAUCCGAGACAGCAAAAGCACAACAACAACAACAACAACAACAACUGCUGCAACAACAACAUAAUCUGCAACAACAGCAACAACAUAAUCAACAACAACAGCAACUGCUGCAGCAACAAGUUUUGAAACAAGAGCCCAAGCGCCAAAAUAGAAGAAACAAUAGGGCGUCUGCCAAUACAUUACCAAGUCAGCAUCAACCGCAACAAGCUUUAGAUGAAGAUGAAUUUAGAAAGUACCAGUUGCAGCAACAAGCGCAACAAAGUUCAGAGCAAUUUGUAAGACAACAACAGCAACAAGCAUUAGCUGCUGCUGCUGCCGCUGCCGCUGCUGCCGGAUUAAACAAUUAUGGUAAUCCUCAUCCUCGUCAACAACAUCAUGGAGGACCACAAUUACCUGAUUUAUCCGGUCCAUCUACUGAUGAAUUGGCUGAAUACAAUAUCCAAAUCCCCGAUCCCAUUAUUGAUAGCAAGCUGAAGAUUUACCCUGUUCAAGAAAACACCAUCACUGCUGAAGGUAAUUUAAUAACACGUGCAUACCCGGACCAAGUUUUCCAAAGUCGUGAUGAUUUGAAUGAAUUUAUUGCUGAUUUUGCUAGAGAUAAUGGGUUUGGUGUUGUUAUUGCUCAUUCUAACAAAAAGGCAAUCUACUAUACUUGUGAAUUAGGUGGUCGUUAUCGUCAUAAAAAGACAAAAAAGAUUGAUGAACUGAAACAAGUUGAUGUUGGUGAAGGAUACAUGUUGGAUCCAGAUACCAAGACCAAGAAAUUGAAGUGUCCUUAUUCCAUGACUGCUUCUUACAAGAAAUCAACUGGUAUUUGGACCUUGAGAACUACUUGUAAUGAACACAAUCAUCCGCAGUUGGAUCCAUUGAGUAACCAUCCUAUGCUUCGCAAGAGAAGCGAUGAGUUGAAUGUGUUGAUUUUAGAUUUGUACAAAUUGGGAACCAAACCAUCACACAUUGAGUCCAAGAUCAGAGAGCUGUAUCCUGAUCUUAUAAUUAAGCGCGAGGACAUUUACAAUGAAAUUAGAGGUUACAAACGUAAAUUGAAGAAGCAAAACUCCAGAUUUGGGUUCAACAAUCCAUCAAGGAUUGCUAAUGCUCAGUAUAGGAAGAAAGCAGCACAGCAAGCUGCUGCCGCUGCUGCUGCCGCUGCCGCUGGUGGUAAUGGUGGAGUCAUUGGUAAUGGAUCUGGAAACAACGAUACUGCCGAUGCUGUUGCCGCUGUCGCUGCAGCUGCUGAUGCUGAUGCGUUCUUGGGUGAUGGCCAAGACAUUGCCAGUUACGAAGCAUUCCAUAAUCAGCAACAGCAGCACAAUCAACAAAGCCAACGAAAUCAACAAGCUCAACACUUGCAACAACAGCAACAUCAACAUCAACACCAACAGAACCAAAAUCAAAGCCAAAGCCAAAACCAAGUUCACCAGCAACAACAGCAACAACAAGAUCAGGCGCAACAACAACAAGAAGAGUUUCAACGUCAGUUUGUUGCAGCUACCCAAGCUCAACAACACCAACUUGAUGAACAACAGUACCAGCAGUAUCAGCAACAUUUGCAAGACCAUGGUUUGAAUGAUUCUGAUGGCAGUGCUGCUGCUGCUAUCGCUGCUGUUGCCGCAGCUAAUGUCAAUGUCAAUGUUGGACGUCAAGACCAUCAUCAUCAUCACCAUCCUUAUCAAGAUAAUGGUGAUUUGUCUAUGGAUAAUAUCGAUUCGCGAUUAGUUGGAGAGUAA